AACCGCAACCGAAUCAACUCUGACGGGUAGUCGAUACCACCGUCCGAUUAAGUACUCGUUCCCUCAACGGCAGCCAUUUUAACUUUUGGCGUCGAAAAUACGGCGAGGAAAUCUGAGGAAGCCGGAGAUCCUGUUCGUCUGUGUGGUUUUUUCGCAUCCAGCGCAAGCAGUGUGUAGUGCUCGAGGGCCCCCGAGGAACCAGUGAGUGAGUGUGUGCGAGGAAGUUGAGUUGGAAGCGUUGAAAGGAUCCGGAAUCUAACCAAGAGCGGAGCGAAGAAGAUGUCGAUGUCUGCCACGUGCUACAAGUGCAACCGGCCGGGCCACUUUGCCCGGGACUGUCUCGGAGGCGGCGGCGGACCGGGCGGUGUUGGUGGAGGCGGCGGUGGCGGAGGCGGCGGUGGCGGAGGCGGCGGCGGUAUGCGCGGCAGCGAUGGCGGCGGCAUGCGUCGCAACCGCGAGAAGUGCUACAAAUGCAACCAGUUCGGGCACUUUGCACGUGCCUGCCCCGAGGAGGCCGAGCGCUGCUACCGCUGCAACGGCAUCGGGCACAUCUCGAAGGAUUGCACCCAGGCGGACAACCCGACCUGCUACCGAUGCAACAAGACCGGACACUGGGUGCGCAACUGCCCCGAGGCCGUCAAUGAACGUGGCCCGGCCAAUGUGUCGUGCUACAAGUGCAACCGUACCGGACACAUCUCCAAGAACUGCCCGGAAACAUCUAAGACUUGCUACGGAUGCGGCAAGAGCGGACAUCUGAGGCGCGAGUGCGACGAGAAGGGCGGACGGAACUAGAACACCGUGACACCCUCUAAAAAUAUGUAAUCAUCGAAGGAGGAAUGAGUAAUGUUUCAACACACGAAGAACAACCAGAUGAAGAUAAGAAGAGAAAAAAAAUAAAAAUUAUAAAAAAACAUGAAAAACGAAAAAUCAAUUUGCUACAACAUUCACAAAGCCAGCCAACAGCAACAACAUCAACUAGCGACAGCAGCAGCACCCAAGUCAAGAUCAUAUGCUCCAAAAACAGAACCCUCACUCACAUCCCCACACAUUAAACACACUCAAAUACUAUAUAGUCUACUCCAGAAAAUCAUCCAGUAAACCAUCUCUGAUUCCGAAAAGCCGAGCCUGCAGCGCGGUGCCAACGUCCCAAGAACUGAGAAAAGUGCAGAACAAGAAUUGGGCUUUCCACGAGGGAAAGCCAGAAGAAUCAGUGGCCAAGGAGAAAGAAAGGCUCUACGAGCCAGGGGUACGAAGAAGCAAAACCACCAGACGACGAUAGCCAACGGCAGCUGUGCAGCCGACAGAGCAGAUGACGCCGACGAAGAGGUAGAUGAAGACGAUGAAGAUGAGAAAGAGGAAGAAGAUACGACGACCCAAUUUGUAAGAUGAGACUAAACUAAACCGCAACAGCAACAAGAGAAUUCACCAAGCAAACCACUUUACUAUAAUUAUACAUAUAUGAUUAUGCUGCAAAAAGUGUUUGAAUUUACUAAUUACAUUAUAACGAAUGGAAUGAAACUAUAUAAGAUUAUAUAAAGUGAAAAAAUUACCUUAAAAAAUAACUAUAUAAUGAUCCUAUUAGGAGUUCCACAGCCAGAAAAAACCGAAAGAAAAAGCGUAAAUAAAAAUUAUUAAAAAAUAAA